UUUGAAAGUGGCCUUCUUAUUACCGUAAUGCCCCGUAUGACCAAAAUCCGGGGCGGCCGCCUUGACCGCAGUGCUGCCGCGGCCAUGGCGUCGCUGCGGUUCUCGGACGAAGAGUUCGAAGCCGCCUGGAAGGAGCUGGACGAGCCGCGGCUGGACGGAGGGUGGCAACUCUUGACCGAGACCAUGGGGGUCAAAAUCUACAGACUUCUCGAGCAGGAAACGGGCCUUUAUGAGUACAAAGUGUCGGGCUCGUUGGACAGCUGCAAGGCUGAGCUGUGCGCCGACGUCUACAUGGACCUGGCGUACCGCAAACACUGGGACUCCUACGUCAAAGAGCUCGCCGAGAAGGAGAUCGACGGGCAGUCGGCCAUCUACUGGGAAGUCAAGUACCCUUUCCCUCUGUCCGCCAGAGACUAUGUGUACGUCAGGGAGCGUCGCGUCCUGGACGUGGACGGCAGGAAGAUCUGGGUCAUCCUGGCCAGAAGCUCGCCCGAGACGCCGUAUCCCGAGAAGAACGGCGUGCUGAGAGUCAAAGACUACAAGCAGACGGUCGCCAUGGAGACCGACGGCCGCAAUGGAACGAACGUUUUCAUGAACUACUUUGACAAUCCUGGCGGGAUGAUUCCCACCUGGCUGGUCAACUGGGCAGCCAAGAGCGGCGUUCCUGGCUUCCUGGCGGACAUGCGGAAGGCCUGCGCCGACUAUCCGCUCUACUGUCGGAAGCAAUGAGGACAAUCGACAGCACUUUGUGCAUCGAACGGCGAGGAGGCCGCGCUACGUCGUCUGCCUCGCGCACGACUCGCGGCCUUCGUAUUUUCCUGCUGUCUUUUAUUACACAAACACACACGCACACUCCAAUCCCGUCGUCUGUGCAAUGCGAGCCUCUUGAGUUUAAAGGCAUGAUCGCUUUAGUGGAUUAAAACAUGUUUACUAUUUUUAUAUUAAAAAAAAAAAAAAAAAUGCACGUGAUUGUUUUUAAUUGGCAGAAAAGACCUUUUGUGGCCUGCAAGUUUCUUUCUUGUACAAACGUUCCUGUUAUGAUCUGCACUCCGGAUUGUGGAAAAUUCCGUGUCAAGUAAACUCCUAUUUCUUCUGUGCAGCUGUGUGUUCUAUUCUGCCGAAGUGUAAUUGUGAAACUAAAGAGAUUAAAAGACGAGAUGAGA